CCUUGCUUGAUGAGAUUACGGCGCGCAAAAUGUGUUUGCAAGAAGUGGCCGCAACAAACAAACACCGGUGAGUUGCUACCGGAGAAUACUGACAAUCAUCGUUUCAUCCAUUAUCAGACUGUAUUGCGUGCUAAAUUUCCAUGUACCCGUCUUGGUUACCGGUUGUUCGGGCAUCUGCCCUAGCCUGGACUCCAUUGGUCCAGUACGUGUUACCAGAAGCUCCCAGACUAUUUUCCGAGACGUCUUUUCAAGAUCAAAAAAUUGUACUCAAUGUUAGUGGUUCGCGGUUUGAAACAUGGAGAUCUACUCUUGAGAGGUACCCAGAAACACUCCUUGGUUCUGAUGAAAAGGAAUAUUUCAAGGAUCCUACUUUAAACGAAUACUUUUUCGAUCGAGACCCUGAACUCUUUCGCUAUAUCAUGGCGUAUUACCGAUGUGGAAAGCUUCAUCUUCCUAAAGAUGCAUGCGUUACUGCUUAUUACGAAGAACUCAUCUAUUUCGGUAUCAUGCCUGAAAUCAUGGGUGACUGUUGUUACGAGGAAUAUCUUGACAAGUUUCGCGAAAACAAAGAAAGACAGCUCGAGGAUAAAGAUGUUAAAUCUGAAGAUAAACUACUUCCGGCGACUUUUCGCAAUGAACUUUGGAGGGCGUUUGAGAAUCCACGGAUCUCUACGCUUGCUGUUGUAUUAUACUACGUUAUAGGAUUCUUCAUUGCAGUAUCUGUGCUUGCAAACAUUACUGAAACAGUUUCAUGCGGGAUUAGUCCAGAAACCGGUGAUAGCAUUCCCUGCGGUGAAAAGUAUAACGCGGCAUUUUUUUGCCUAGACACUGCUUGUGUUAUGCUUUUCACCGCUGAAUAUGUCGCCAGAUUAUACGCAGCUCCUGCCAGAUGUAAAUUUGUGCGAUCAAUCAUGUCACUCAUCGACAUUGCUGCUGUUCUACCUUAUUACGUCGGACUGGUUGUGUCAAACAACAAAGAGUUUUCCGGUGCGUUCACUACUCUCCGCGUGUUUCGGGUAUGCCGUAUAUUCAAGUUCUCACGACACAGCAAGGGCCUUCGCAUUCUCGGCUGUACGUUGCGAUGCUGUGCUUCUGAACUCGGUUUUCUCCUGUUCACUAUAACUAUGGGUGUUAUUAUCUUCUCGACAAUUAUGUUUUAUGCUGAAAAAUCGGAAACUUCGCAGUUCAAUAGCAUUCCUGCCGCGUUUUGGUACACUAUUGUCACAAUGACAACUCUGGGUUACGGUGACAUUGUUCCUACCACGAUUGUUGGGAAAAUCUUCGGCGGCAUCUGUUCCCUGUCUGGUGUCCUGGUGAUUGCCCUUCCCGUUCCUGUCAUUGUCUCCCACUUCGCGCGCAUCUACCAACAAAAUCAGCGAAAUGACAAGCGUGAAGCGCAAAAAAAAGCCAGACAUUCACGAAUAGCGCAAAUGCGCAUUGCAACUGAAAGUGCCUUCACCGAAGGGAAACAGAGGUACGAGGAGAGUCGAACGUUUGUCUGUGCUGCAUAUGAUUCUUCACGCUCCGUCGAUCCGCAUCCUGAAUCGAUAGCGCUUGAGGAAUUGACGACCAACAGCAAAAGUGAUUUAUCAUUUGGAUCUUCUUCAAAGGAUUCGAGGCAUGGACCGGAUUCCGACGCAGACGAUAAAAAACGACCGGAUAUUUUUGAAGAACAGUAUUUCCAUCUUAUUGAGUGCCUUCAACGAGUCACAGGAUUCGAAGUUGUCCCUGGUGUUUCGGUGACCAGUGAGCAAGACUUUCGUCAUAUGUUCCUGGGCAAAGGAGUUCAAGUUGUCGAGAAACGCAAAUCAACCUUGGACACAGACAAGCGUCCCGGUCGAUAUGUGAAGAGCUGUUGUGGACAACACACAAAUUCCGAGUAA